AUUAGUUGCUUAUAAGAAUUCAUCCCAUCCUCUCCUCUAAAAUCAUCUGUAGCAAAGCUCUGAAUUCCGAAAGGAAAAUAAUAAAAAAUGGCGAAACACUUGGGGUUUCUGUUCUGCAUCUUGAUCAUAGUCAUGGACAUUGUGGCCGGAAUACUUGGCAUUGAGGCCGAAAUCGCUCAAAACAAGGUGAAACAUUUGAGGGUGUGGAUAUUCGAGUGUAGAGAUCCAAGCUAUCAGGCUUUCAAGCUAGGGUUGGCUGCAGCAAUUUUUCUGGCCCUUGCUCACAUCAUCGGUAACUUGGUUAGUGGGUGCAUUUGCGUUUGGUCCAAGCAAGAUUACGCUAACUCCUCAACUAACAAGCAAUUAGCAGUUGCUUCCCUCAUUUGCUCUUGGAUCGUAUUAGCUGUUGGAUUCUCGAUGCUGAUCAUAGGAACAUUGGCGAAUUCGAGAUCAAGAAAAUCAUGUGGAAUAGCUCACCAACGACUCCUGUCUAUAGGAGGGAUUUUGUGUUUCGUCCACGGAAUGUUCACGGUCGCCUACUACGUGUCCGCCAAAGCCGCAGCAAGAGAUGAAAAGGAGCGAAGAAACCAUCCCGGAUCAGGUGCUGCAGCCCAUACUUAGAAUGCCCUAUCUCCUCUCUUUUUUGGCUUCUUUCAUGUGAUCAUCACAAGAUUAAUGCCUUUGCCAGAUUGGGUUUUAGACAUAAUAUUUUUUGUUAACAAUAUUUGUACUGUUGAUGACGUAUUUGAUUGUAAAUGCUAACUGGAAAUGACAAUAGAUCGGAUCGACGGAUCCCACAAAUGGGUACUAUAUAUACUUCAGUUUGUCC